UUUAGCCCCAUAAAUAACCAUCCCUUUCCCCCCCUUUUCCAUCCAUGUAUCUCUUCCCAAUCUGCAUGAACAUUUUCUCCUCCUCUUAGUCUCAAGCAGGCCUAUCUUUGUCCCCCGUGUGGGGUUGUUUUCCCAAUGUGAAGUUGAUUUUUCAUUGGUUACAAUCAAACAGAAGCUCGUGGAUGCCUAACAUUAAUAGAUUCCUCAAAAUUUUAUUCAAAGAAUCUAGCCCCUAAUCAAAAGUUACGUGAAGUAACCAUCAAGAAAAGAAGAAGUCAACCAGAGGUCGUCAAGGCCGUGCAAAUCCCAGCAAAAUGGGAAAAAGCCAAAAGGAAAUUUUCUUCUUGAUGAUAGUAAUAAGAGAGCUUCCCCUUUUCCAAUUGCCAGCACCGUCCCAACGCAAGGUUCUAUCGUUAAAGCUAAAAGAUAAAGACAAAAGCUGGAUUGGCCCACUCAUAGUUGUGGAUUCUUUCAGGACAACCAAACAUCAAAAGGAAGAAUCAAACAUCAUAACCUCCCAUGUUUUUCCUUUUUCUUUUUCAACAAAUAUAGAAAUCAUUAAAAGAAAAAAAUAAUGGGAUUUGAAUACUAAUUCAAUAGGUUUAGUUUCUUGGGGUGCUAGCCACUUGUACAAGUUCAUGUUUCUCUUGUGAAUCUUUCAACUCCUUUCCUAAGGUUUUGCAUGACUAGUGUAGCUCAAUCAGUGCAAUACCACAGUAGAGAUUAAGGAACUACUCCAUUGUUUCUGCAAAGGAAGUUUGCUGAAAUCUAGUUGGAGAAUUUUCAGUUUUCUGGGAAAGCAAGAGAGAAAAUUUUGGAGUGCUUUGUUCUGGGUUCUUAGGCAAAGAAGAAAAAGAGCUUGAACAGCAAAAAUGGUGACCAGAAUGGUGGAUCUUCGAUCUGAUACAGUCACAAAACCAACUGAAGCAAUGAGGGCUGCUAUGGCAACUGCUGAAGUUGAUGAUGAUGUUUUGGGUGCUGACCCGACUGCCUUUCGGUUAGAAUCAGAGGUGGCAAACAUCAUGGGCAAGGAAGCUGGUUUAUUUGUCCCAUCAGGCACUAUGGGUAACCUCAUCAGUGUUCUUGUUCAUUGUGAUAUAAGGGGAAGUGAAGUCAUUCUUGGAGACAAUUCGCAUAUCCAUAUUUAUGAGAAUGGUGGGAUUUCAACAAUUGGAGGUGUACAUCCAAGGCCAGUGAAGAAUAAUGAAGAUGGAACAAUGGACAUCAAUUCGAUUGAAGCCGCCAUUAGAGACCCAAGAGGAGAGCUAGUGUACCCAACUACAAGGCUGAUUUGCUUGGAAAAUUCGCAUGCGAACUCUGGUGGUAGAUGCUUGUCUGUGGCAUACACAGACAGAGUUGGUGAGCUAGCCACAAAGCAUGGUCUGAAGCUUCACAUUGAUGGGGCUCGCAUUUUCAAUGCAUCCGUAGCACUUGGAGUUCCUGUUCACAGGCUUGUACGAGCUGCUGAUUCAGUCUCGGUAUGUCUAUCAAAAGGUCUGGGUGCUCCAGUUGGAUCGGUCAUUGUUGGUUCCAAAAGCUUUAUCACCAAGGCUAGAAGACUUCGGAAAACCUUAGGUGGUGGGAUGAGGCAGGUUGGUUUUAUUUGUGCUGCUGCUUUUGUUGCUUUGCAAGAGAAUGUUGGAAAGCUUGAGGGUGAUCAUAAGAAGGCGAAGGUGUUAGCAGAGGGGUUAAAUCAAAUUAAAGGUCUUAGAGUGGAUGUAGCUGCUGUGCAAACCAAUAUCAUAUAUUUUGACAUAGUGGAGGGAUCAAAACUCACAGCAGAGAAACUAUACAAGAACUUGGAGGAACAUGGUGUACUUGUGAUGCCAGAGGGCCCAGCCAGGAUGAGAAUUGUCCUCCACCACCAAAUUUCAUCAAGUGAUGUGCAGUACACUUUGUCAUGCUUUCAGCAAGCUUUAACUGGAGUGCACGAAGAAAAUGCAAACUAAGUGGGAAACUGCCAAACCCUCUUACUCGAAUAUCAUUUCCCGAUGUUUCAUUGGAACCUCUUGAACUCAGGAACAUGAUCAGAGAUUAUCAUAACAUCUUUGAACUCUGCUAGAUGCCAUAAUUAUGUACAUGCAUUUGUAUUAAGCUUUAGAUUCCAUCAUCAUUGUCUCUUCACCUUGGUAAACCAGACCACCAAGGACAAUGCCAUAAUAAUAAAGCCUAGUGUUCUUAUAUUUGGUGAACA